GCCCCUCAUUCGGGCGAAGUUAAGCCCGGCUUUCAUCUCCACGGAGUAUAUGUAGACGACAUCAACAUGGGACAAGCCCGGCGAGAUUCAGAGACGGGUCGGGUAUAAUAAAACAUCGAACCCUCUCUCUCUAUAACUAGCCCCUACUCAGUGUGGAAAACAGAAUUUGUUUACCGCCUGUCAACUUCACGUCAACUCAAACUUGCUCUGUGCUCUUCAGACGAAAAACGCGCUGAACCAUGUCGUUCAAGUAUAAGCGCAUCCUACUCGUUGGCGCCUCCUCCGGAAUAGGCGCUGCCCUGGCCGACAGGUUCAUCUUAGAGGGCGCCAAGGUGAUUGCCGUUGGGCGCCGUCAGGAGAGACUGGAUGCAUUUGUCCAAAAGCAUGGCCCGGAGAAGGCGAGCGCUGUUCAGUACGACAUCAACGACAGACCCGGGUUGGACGCCUUUGUCGAAGGCAUCGAGAGCAAGUACCCGGAUCUCGACUGCGUCUUCCUCAACUCGGGGGUCCAGGGCCAAUUCAAUCUGUCGAAACCGGCAGAGGUCGAUCUGGAUGCCUUCCAUCAAGAGGUCAACACCAACUUCCACAGUCUGGUAGACCUCUCAAUCAAGUUUCUACCUCAUCUGCUUGGGAAAUCAUUUCCCACCGCGCUAGUGAUCACCAACUCUCAACUCUGCCUUGUCCCCGCUGUCCUGUCGCCGGCCUAUUCGGCUUCCAAGGCAGCAUUGAAUGCGUUUGUCUACUGCCUGCGCCGUCAGAAUCGGGGAACAAGCACAAAGAUCAUCGAGAUCUGGCCUCCUGCCGUCCAGACUGAACUCCAUGACUACAUGGGAACCGAAAGGGGUCGGGCCGUUGGUAUGCCGCUGGCGGCAUUCGUCGAGCAAGCCUGGUCGCAGCUUGCAGCGGGCUCCGAACAGGUUACUGUUGCGGCAGACGAGGACUAUUUGAAAUUGCUGGACCACCGCCGAACUCGCUUCGAGGCGAUGUCAGAUCUGAUGGAGAAGCACUUCGCCACGUAGAAGGGAGGCAAUACUAGUGCAGCGUAUACGCUGUGGGGACUGCUCGCCACUCAAAGGUUAAUCAGACCGGUGUUUGCACAUCCGACGUCCUUUGAUGU